UUUCCCUCGCGUGUCAAAACAGAAAGGAGGGGUCGGACGUUUCCGUCAUGGGGAGAGAGAAAGGAAAUAGGAAAGGCGAGCGCAGAACCGGCGCUGGCGGCGGCGAAGGGAAGGGGGACUCGGCAAAGAUGCGCAGCUGUAAGGGGCAGCAUGCGGCGGCUUUGCAGGCGCUGAUCGCGGCCGUGCUCGCAGUCUGCGCGCUGCCCUUGGCAGCUCAGAUGUCCGUUUCUCAUCCUGUCCGAAAGUCCACGGUGCUCAAGAUGGAUGAGGCUUCCUUGAUUGUCAACAGCGAGCUGCAGCAAGACGUCCUGGUGUCUUGGCUGUCAGAUCACUGCUUUCAGUGCCUGUUCCAGCCCCUUGGAUUGGUCCCUGCACAGCCAAUCCCUGGGACUCCCAGUUCGGCAGCAUUCAUUCUCAGUUCCCAGCAUCCUCUAACCCUGCAGCUCAAUAGCAGCACAGGCAACCAGGAGCUAUGCAGGGUUGCCUUCCACUUUGGAGAGCAGGGUAACUACUCUCUGUGGGUGAAGAAUGACAAUGAGUCAGCGAGAGCCAACUGCAGCAUGGUCACCGACAAGGAGCCUGUGAACAGUUACCUGCCCAUCCUGGUCGCUGUAUUGGUGUACGUCGGAUUGUGCAUUUUGGUUGCUGCUGGACGAACUGUCAUGGGGUUGGAUGUGGUAAGAAAAUUGUGUUGCCUGGGGAACACCAUGGAGAUGGACAGGCUCAUAAAUUCAGAGCUCGGCUCCCCCAGCAGAACAGUGGACUCCUCCUCUGAAUUGCCCGCCACCCCCCCAGCCCCCAGCAACCGACUGCGUUCUCUGGACACCUUUCGAGGGCUGGCCCUUGUCAUAAUGAUCUUUGUGAACUAUGGAGGAGGGAGGUACUGGUUCUUCAGACAUGAGAGCUGGAACGGACUUACAGUAGCCGAUUUGGUCUUUCCCUGGUUCGUCUUCAUCAUGGGAACGUCCAUCUCUCUGUCCCUGAACGCUGCCCUGCGGCGGGGGUCGAGGCGCUCUGUGAUUUUGGGCAAGGCCCUGUGGAGGAGCGUACAGCUGUUCCUACUGGGAGUGCUGGUCAUCAACCCCAACUACUGCCAAGGACCCCUGUCCUGGGACACCCUGCGAAUCCCAGGAGUCCUACAGCGCCUGUCCAUCUCCUACUUGGCUGUGGUUGCCCUCAACCUCAUGAGAGUUAGCAGCAGGACAGACGGCCAGCACUCGGAUGGCUGCUGGCCCUCACUGCAGGACAUCCUGCCCUACUGGCCGGCUUGGCUUUGCGUGGUCGCCCUGGAAACUGUCUGGCUGUGCCUCACCUUCCUGCUCCCUGUCCCCGAUUGCCCGCUCGGUUACCUGGGCCCAGGGGGGAUCGGUGACUUCGGCCUGUACCCAAACUGUACCGGAGGGGCGGCUGGUUUUAUUGACCGCUGGCUUUUGGGGGAGGGGCAUAUCUACCAGACCCCCUCCUCUCGGGUUCUGUACCAGUCCCAGAUGCCAUACGACCCAGAGGGGCUGCUCGGAAGCAUCAAUUCUGUCGUGAUGGCCUUCCUGGGCUUGCAGGCUGGAAAGAUCAUUUUCCACUUCAAGGACCAGCACUCAAAAAUAAUGACCAGGUUUGCCAUUUGGGGAUUCAUACUGGGAAUCAUUUCAGCCGUUUUGACCAAGUGCUCAAAAGAAUAUGGAUUCAUCCCCGUCAAUAAGAAUUUAUGGUCUCUGUCUUACAUCACCACGCUCAGCUGCUUUGCCUUCGUGAUCCUCUUCUUUAUCUACUACACGGUGGACGUGGUGAAGUUCUGGUCUGGGGCCCCCUUCUUUUACCCCGGGAUGAACUCCAUCCUGGUGUAUGUGGGCCAUGAAGUCUUCCAGAGCUACUUCCCCUUCAGAUGGAAAAUGAGGAACAGUCAGUCACAUACAGAACAUCUGGCCCAGAACCUGGUGGCGACGUCCGUCUGGGUGCUAAUAUCCUACCUGCUGUACAGGAAGAAGAUUUUCUGGAAGAUCUAGUCCACCAUCCUGUGGAGUGGUGAAGGGGUGGGCCAUGGGGGUGAGUGGGUGUGACUUGGGCGGGGCUGUGAGGUGGUUGGGGGCGGGGCUGUGAGGUGGUUAGGGGCGGGGCUGUGAGGAGGCUGGGGGCGGGGCUUGACCCAAAUGCCAAUGAAGCUGCCACUCAGAGCUAGCUAUUGAUCUUGGACACGUGGACAUUUUGUAUUAUCUUGUUUAGUCAUGGAUUCCUACUGCAUGCUAUACAUCUCAGUGGGACUGUUAUUCCCACUGUGUUGUAUUGCCUAAUGUGGGUUUGCCCUUAAGUGCUCCGUCAAUAAGGGUUCACCACGGAGGUCCAGCCAGCCACGGUACCUGUAGAUUGCUUCACCACCCAAAUACGGACUGCUGCGAUCUGUUUUGCAGUUUCCGAGUGGGUCCUGUUCUUGAGCUGGUUCACUCGAAAAGCAGAGGGGUUUGCCAAGGACCAAACUGACAUAUUUAAGUGCCUUCUUCCUUUGCUGCUGAAAGAGUUUAGGGCAGCUGUGAAAAAUGUAGUUACUGGCGCACUGCCAAAAUGGACUUUUCAUAAGAAAAUUCAGUCGUCUCACAUGCAUGGUUUACAUAAGGGAAAAAAGAACGGUUUAAUGUUACAAAAAAAAGUCUGCUGGAAUCGUCUUAAAACAUUUCCUCGUGUACCAGCCUGGAACUGUAUAUCUGGUGGUAUUUUAAUACAGAAGAUUGAGUUUUCUUUUUAGGAUAUUUCAAUAUUAUGCAUCGCAAUCAUCUAAUUUUUCUCCGAUCUUCAUAAAACCAUUGAAAUUUCGUGUCCUACAGAUGCCAAAUAGGAGCGAAUGUCCAGAUUAGUCAUGAUUUUACUACAAAGUUUCUUGUAAUUGUAACUAUACAGAAACGCUGUAAUCGUGUGGCUAGACGCUGCAGACACUACAUUUUAGUAAUAUUCGUGUAAAUAGCUUGUAUUUUAACAUUACACGUGCGUUUUCAUGGAUGAAACGUGACGAUUAAUUUUCUAAGGUCUCUUGUAAUUUAGCGUAAUAUGAAAAUGUAUUUCUGAUGUUCUGUAGCAUUAUUUUGAAUAAUAAAAUGUAUUUCAAGUUGGAAAUGUAA